AUGGAUGCCAUCGCAGCAGACAUUUGGGAACCAUUUGAACAAUCGGUUUUGGAUGAGUGGGUGGCACUCAAGGAUCCGGCGACAGGUAAAAGGUUGAAGACUCGCCCGCAUUGGGCCAAGCCGCCAAGGAGUGGCAUGAGUAUAUGCUUGAUGGUAACCUGUGGAUCGAGAGGCUUAAUGUAG